ACACAAGAAUGGACGAUUUUUCAACAGCAGCGCAGAGGAUGUUGCGCUGUCGUCGUCGUCGACGUCGCACGCGACGAGUUUGAUUGGUGGUCUCGGAGCGCCCGGAAAGAGCCUGAGUUCGUCGAUGCUGUGUUCGUCACUGUCGGCGGAGACCCUGGAGCCCAAGUCCGACAGGUGCCCCAGGAAGUUCCGGUUCUCGUUCGUCAAUUGGGCGACCCCGCCUUAAAAGCCGUUGAGGGACACAAGAAUGGACGAUUUUUCAACAGCAGCGCAGAGGAUGUUGCGCUGUCGUCGUCGUCGACGUCGCACGCGACGAGUUUGAUUGGUGGUCUCGGAGCGCCCGGAAAGAGCCUGAGUUCGUCGAUGCUGUGUUCGUCACUGUCGGCGGAGACCCUGGAGCCCAAGUCCGACAGCACGGGGUCCUUCAAGGCCAAGAGCAAGCAGUUAACCCGCUGGGGCGGAAUUUUCGGCAACUCCAAGGACGUGGACCGAAUGGAAGAGUUGGCCGAGCAGCUGAACCAGUACGGAAAAUACGGAAUCCCUCCGUUGAGUUCGGAUAACUCUUUGGCCAGUGAGCACGAGGACUUCCGGUUGGAGGACGACUGGACGUCAAUCGUUGCAGACGCGAGUCGGUUUUCAGAAAGGAAACGUCAGCAACAAACGGCCAUUUGGGAGUUGAUACAAACUGAGGCUGCUUAUAUCGUCGAUGUCGAAGUAAUCACUAAGCUUUUCUUGGCAUGCCUGAUGAACUUGCGGAAAUCCCGAAUCCUGGUGGACAUCGACGUUAACAAGCUGUUUGCAAAUAUGCAAGAUAUUUUGAAUGCAAAUGUGGAUUUUUGGCGCCGCACGAUUUUGCCGAUGCUUGAGAUUGCGAGGUCUUCCAAGGAGCCGCUCGACCCUUCACUCAUGAAAGAUGGCUUUUGC